AUGGGGAACGAUGGAGGCUCCAUUCCGUCCAGGAAGCUUAUUGUGAACUUCUAUGCUUCGGACAAAGCGAAGGAAAAAGGCAAACCAUUUAACGCCUUUGCUGUUUGCGCCUUAUCCAAUGAAAAACUAAACCGUCCUGUUGUUUCAGACUACAGAGGCCAGCUAUUUAACAAGGACACGCUUCUUGAAUUUCUUCUCAAUAAGGAGUAUCUCAAGAAUGAGAAGCUUGGCCAUAUUACGUCCCUCAAAGACGUCGUGGAGCUCAAUAUCAAACUGGAUGAAAAUAAAUUGAAAUGCGAACUUACUUCUUCAGAGUACGACAUCAUGUCCAAUGUACUGCCCAAGUUUGCAUAUGUGGUACCCUGUGGAUGUGUGAUGCUAAAGAAUAAUUUGCUUUCUCUUCUAUCUUCUACAAAGCCUGGAGAAUACGCUACAACACGAUGUCCAAUUUGCAAUACCGAGUUUUUUAGUCGCGACGUGAUCGAAAUAGAACCAGACGAGGAUGAAUUACGUGUUCUGGAAAAACGGAUGAAGUUGCUCGAGACAGAGGGGCUACACCACUCGCUCAAAGCCCGAAAGAAACGAAAGUCUGUGUCCGGGGAGAAAAGCGCUAAAAGAAGCAAGAUUAAAAGCGCAAAGCCUUGA